GCAUGCUAUCCGCCGCAACGCACUUCGAGGCCGUGGGCACGUGGAAGGACGAGUGGCUUGGCGUGAGUGUCCUCGCUUCCCAAAGCGACAAGAAAGGUGUCCAUGACCGGUAUUUUCACACGACAGCUCGGUCCAGUUUCCUCGAUGCCCGGCACCACAUUUUGCACAACCCGCGAGCCGCGUACAAAGACUUGGUGUACGUGCUGAUCAAUAUCUCGUGGACGUCGUUCACAGUGUGGAUUCUCGGCAUAUCGGCCUUGAUCACAGCCUUGUUUGCGCUCGUGUUUCACUUUGUCUGCGUUGACACGGACGUGUUCGAAGACGCGUUCAACUUGAGCUACCAGUCGUUCUCGACCAUUGGAUUCGGCAUCCUGUAUCCCCGCAACACGUGCGGCAACUUGGCGCUGUCGCUCGAAGCUUUCAUCUCCAUGAUCAUCAUCUCGGCGUUCAGCGGUCUCGUGUUUGUCCGGUUCUCCAAGCCCCGAUCCAGCGCUGUGUUUUCCCAGCAGUGCAUCAUCCAGCCUUACGGUCGUCACUUGGCGCUCGUGAUUCGAGUAGCCAACGCCACGCGCUGCCACGAUUUACAUGCCGAUUCGAUCUUGGAAGCGUCAUUUCGCGUCAAUCUCAUGCGAAUCGAGGAGACGUCCGCCACCGACAGGACGCACGUGCUGCGGCGGUACGACCUCCUCAUGCUCCAAGCCGACUUUCUCGCUGUGCGGCGGGACAUCCAGCUUGUGCACCUCAUCGACAGGUCUAGCCCUCUGUACGGUGUGACUGGUCUAACACUGGCUGCGUCGGACUUUGCCAUUCAAGUGGACCUGGUGGGCGUCGACGCGACGACUCAAAACACAGUGCAAGGCCAAAUGCUGUACUCGGCGUUGCAAGUGGAAUGGGGCGUGAAAUUUCAAGACAUGUGCAUGGUCGAAGGGGAUGCGGGCAAAGAGCAGUGGAUUAUGGACUUUGGGCGGCUCAGCGCGACCGUGCCAGCGCCCAUUCCAGUACAUCCACCAACGUCCCCCACCACGUCAUCUCCGCUUAGCCAUGCUCCCCAUACGCGCCAAUUGGCCUAUGCCAAGUCGCGCCAGUUGUCCAUCAAAGACUUGGUGGCGCAGUCGACCGCGGGGGAUCUCAGAGACGACAGCUUGGACAUGCAACAGCUAGGGUCUCCCGUCCGCGGCAGCUCCCACUACGUCGACAUGCCGCCGUCCGUUGAAUCGGCGCCGCUUCGCUUUGGCCGCAACUCUCGCCACAACCCCGAGCACCUCACGCAGAGCCUCCUCAACCACGAACUGUCCAGCGUACAAGACGCCGCCACAUUGCGCGCGUCGAUAGUGUCAUCGUCGGCGGCAGCUAAUGUCGAGAACGCCCCCCACUUUGACCGGAUCUAUCCGCGUCAGGCGCCGCUGCCGUUUUCAUUUCACACGUUUUACACGGAAGCGCUAAAGACGAGCUGGCCCAAGAUCAUUGUGUACAGUUUUGUGGCGUUCGUGGCCUUGAACCUGUUGUUUGCCGUCGUGUACUACUUGGAGGUGGACGGGGUAUCUGUCUACGAUGACAUUCUCAACAACAACACUGCGUUUGGGGUGUGCCUUUACUACAGCGUGCACACGCUGUCCACGGUCGGCUACGGCGCCAUCGGCCCCAAGCCCUCGUCAACAUACCAGAACUUUUGGAUUAUGGUCGAGUCCACCCUUGGCAUUGUCGUGAUCACCAUCUUCACCGGCAUAUCGUGGUCCAAAUUUUCUCGACCCCGCGCGCACAUUGUGUUUUCAAACAAGGCGGUGCUGACCCAUGUCCGAGGGGGCCAGCGGGUGCUGCUGCUGCGCGCGCUCAACCUGCGCACCCACGGCAACAUCUCGGGCAACUCGUUCCGGGUCGGUGUGACCGAAGUGAACCGACAUACCAACUUGCGCCAAGUGCACGACGUGGAGCUGGUCAACGUGACGUUCCCAUCCAUUAACAUCCCUGUGACACUGGUGCACAUCAUCGACAACCGGUCGCCAUUCGCCAAGUUCAAAACCGAAGACCACUUUCGAGACUGCAACCUCCAGAUGCUGUGUUUGUACUCGGGCAUCGACCACACAUUCUCCACCAACGUGUAUGCGAGAAAAGCGUACAAGUCGGAGGACUUUGUCGUGAACGAGCACUUCUCCGACUGUGCCGAGUUUACACCCGACGGCGGCGUGGCCAUUCAUUACGAUCGGUUUCACACCCACGAAAUGUCCAUGUGGUCGUGACACCAAACUGUACAGUAUAGUACCCGCGACCACUGACAUGGAAACAAAAUAUAAAAGAAAAGAUUUGUAUAUACGCAGUGUAAUUAAUAUAUAAGUUAUGUAGAUCGAAUAUUAUUG